AUGUAUUACACUUGGAGAUGCAGACUCACACAGUGGUUCAUCGCGAACGAUAUUAACGUGGUGAAAGAUCCAGCAGGAGUCAAAAGACGGGCCAUAUUGCUUAGCACACUCAGCGAAUCUACCUACAAACUGGCAGCUGAUCUCGUGUUGCCUAAAGAAGUUCAAGAAGUACCAUACGAAGAUAUAGUUAGUGCUUUGGACAACCAUUUCACUCCAAAAUCAGUGGGUUUUGGCGAGCGUCAUCGUUUUUAUGCCGCCACACAACUACCCCAGGAGACACCAUCACAGUGGGCUGCGAGGUUACGAGGUCUCACUGCUCAAUGUGACUUCAGCAAUGUAGAAGAGGCAUUAAGAGAUCGAUUCAUUAUGGGUAUGCUGCCGGGCGUGGAAAAAGAAAAAAUGUACGUGCAGGAGCUGGCCGGGCUGACCUUCGCCAGGGCUGUGGAGCUGACCGAGAGCUUGCGCAGCGCCCGCGCGGCUGCUGCUGCAAGCGCUGCUACCGAGGCUGUCGUUACAGAGCUGUACAAAAUAGGCAAACGUUCUCCGACUAGUGUACCUCAAAGUGCAAAAGUGAAGUGUUCCGUGUGUGGUUAUUCGAAUCACAAAGCCGCGGAGUGUCGUUUUGCGAGUUACACUUGUAGGAAGUGCAACGAAAAAGGGCAUUUGCGUAGAAUGUGCAAAAGAGUCAAUUAUGUUGUAACGGAGGAGAACGAUGAAGGUGACGAUGACGACGGUAAAAUUUAUAACAUUCGAUCUUUGCGAGGUGAACCAUUAAUCGAAGCCGUGUGUGUCAAUGGUAUCAGAAUGAACUUUGAGAUUGAUAGUGGGUCAGCUGUUACCGUUAUGUCCGUAGAUACAUAUAACGAACAUUUUAAAAACAUUCCCUUAUUAAGCACAAAUAAGAAGUUAUUAAGUUACUCGGGUGACGUGUUAGGUUGCGCCGGUCGCGCUCAGUUGUUAGUGGAGUGGCGGGGUCGCGCGCGCCAGCUCGACGUGUACGUGGUGCGCGACGGUGGACCGCCUUUACUGGGCCGCGACUUCAUCGCGCAAUUUCAACUGCAGCUAACGCCCGUAUAUAAAUGUGCCACUACCCGAGACACGUUGAAAUUAAUUCAGGAACAAUAUCCCGCUGUGUUCUCGGACAAGCUAGGUCAAUUUAACAAAUAUAAAGUUAAUUUGAGAUUAAAAGAAAGUGCUCAUCCUAUAUUUUUUAAACCACGGCCGGUCGCAUUUGCUCUGCGUGAAAAAGUAGAAAAAGAGAUAAACCGUUUGGUGGGACUGGGAGUACUCCGACCAGUCGAACAUUCCGACUACGCGUCACCAAUAGUCCCGGUACUGAAACGUGACGGUUCGGUCCGUAUCUGCGCGGACUACUCUGUUACUAUAAACAAGCAGUUAGUUGUAGAACAGUAUCCGUUGCCUACCGUAAACGAGUUGUUUUCUAAACUAUACGGAGGCCAGAAAUUUACUAAAUUAGAUUUGUCUAUGGCCUACGGACAGUUUUGUCUGGAUGAAGAAUCCCAAAAAUUAACUUGUAUCAAUACACAUAAAGGGAUCUUCGCGUAUACGCGUUUGGUGUUCGGGUUAGCUAGUGGGCCAUCAAUUUUCCAGCGAGCUAUGGAUACAGUGCUAGCGGGCCUGGACGGCACGCUGUGUUUAUUGGACGAUGUGCUUAUAACGGGUCGCAAUGACUCUGAACAUCUUGAGAGACUGCAUCAGGUCCUACAACGGUUGCAAGACGCAGGAUUUGUUUUACAGAAGUCUAAAUGUCAGUUCUUCCAAGAUGAGAUUAAUUAUUUAGGGUCUACCAUUAAUAAAGAGGGGCUAAGGAAAUCACCCGAUAAAGUGGAAGCAAUAUUAAAGGCCUUAGGCUUAGUUAAUUAUUAUAGAAAUUUUGUACCGAAUGCAUCUUGUAUUCUCGGGCCAUUGUACGAACUUUUAAAAAAAGAAACAAAGUGGCGUUGGUCUAAGUUACAUAAUAAGGCGUUUAAUGAAAUCAAGAAAUUGUUAGCAUCCGAUAAUGUAUUGGCCCAUUUUAAUCAUAAUGCAACUAUAAUUCUAACUGUAGACGCGUCACCCAAUGGAUUGGGUGCUAUCCUAUCACAGCUACGACCGACUCCGCCGCGCACUCCGGUGUGCCCGUGGGAAUACCCCCCGCAACCCUUUUACCGUGUACACCUAGACUUUCUAGGUCCGCUGAAUGGUCGGAUGUACCUCGUCCUAGUAGACGCGUACUCCAAGUGGCUUGAGGUCUACGAGAUGGCUUCCACAACUACUAGUGCAGUCAUUGAAAGAAUGUAUGAGUACAUGUCCAGAUACGGACUACCUCAUACGUUGAAGAGGCACUCUGAGCAGCUCUUUUCGUGCAAAACUAAGCAUGGUGCCACUCAACCCUGGGAUUUUGACUUGAGCAGUUCGAUUGCUCCAACCGCUGCUAGUCCGGCGCCGGAGUCGAUGUCGUCGCCUUGUGAAGAUAGAAGCGGCAUCGAACUUCACACACACGACGGAGAGAGUGCGAGUGAGGAGAGCCGCCGUACAGCGCUCUCUAGUGCAUGUGACUAUCAGCCGAAUCGGGAGUCGCCGGAACCGAGCCACGUGACUGUCACGCGAGGAGUGCGUCGACCCGCACAGUCUGAAGAGUCUGAAGAGGGAGAUCUGUUCUUCGAGGCUGAGGAGGCGAGCUUGGAGCCUCAAAUUAUUAGGGAGUCCAGGUUUCCUAAACGUAACCGUCCUAAAGUUAAUUAUAGACAGUUUUACUAA